AUUUCUCUGAAUAUUACUAUAUAUAUACAUAUAUAUAUUCAUUACAAUACCAAAAAUACCGAAAAACGCAAAAUUGGGUGCGUGAGAACUGAAUCAGAACACCAGAAGCAGAUCUCAGAGUCUUGAUUCUACUGCCCAGAAAAUGCAGAGUUCAUCACCAUUUUCAAGCCACUCAAUCUUCCUUAUAACAAUCACUCUCUGUCUCGUCAGAAUCGCAGACAGUGAAGUGGGUUUCUGUUCUUCGCCGUCAAUCAUCGAUGCUGACUCGAACUCACAGCCUCUCUAUUGGAAAGUCACGAACCCCACGCUCUCCCCUUCUCAUCUACAAGACUUGCCGGGUUUUACUCGCAGCGUGUAUAAAAGAGAUCAUGCUUUAAUUACCCCAGAAAGUCAUGUAUUCAGCCCUUUACCCGAGUGGAGGAAUACACUUGGAGCGUAUCUGAUUUCACCAGCGAUGGGUUCACACUUUGUUAUGUACCUUGCAAAGAUGAAAGAAAAUUCAAAAUCAGGGCUCCCUCCAAAUGAUGUUGAGAGGUUCAUGUUCGUGGUUCAGGGUACUGCAACAUUCUCUAAUGUAUCUGGCAUUGAACACAAGCUGAUGGUGGAUUCAUAUGUUUAUCUACCUCCGAACUUGGAACAUUCCAUCAAGUGUGACGCAUCUGCUACACUUGUUGUAUUUGAAAGAAGGUAUGCCUACCUGGGAAGUUAUACUACUGAACAGAUCAUUGGUUCAACAGACAAGCAGCCACUUCUUGAAACUCCUGGCGAGGUUUUUGAACUCCGGAAGCUUCUUCCGACAUCUAUGCCUUAUGACUUUAACGUCCAUAUCAUGGAUUUUCAACCAGGAGAAUUUCUUAAUGUGAAGGAGGUCCAUUACAAUCAGCAUGGUUUGUUACUUUUAGAGGGACAGGGUGUUUAUCGCUUAGGUGAUAGCUGGUACCCAGUUGAAGCUGGUGAUGCCAUUUGGAUGGCACCAUUCGUGCCUCAAUGGUAUGCUGCACUUGGCAAAACCCGAACCCGCUAUCUGUUGUACAAGGAUGUAAAUAGGGAUCCACUGUGAUCACAUCCGAGAUUCUUCGUGUCAAUGGAUUUCAGUAGUAUGAUUCUUUAAGCUUAAGUAAUUUACGAAGAAGCAAAUUGCAAGCUUAUGUGCCUGUUCACGUUACAUUACAUGGAUAUUCCAAAUGUAUUUUGUGAAUUCAGUACAUUGGUUAAUCCAAUUCAUCAGAGUACUUUACUAAAGAAA